AAGAAGCACCAAACAACGGAUUUGCUCGACGUCGGCGCAGUCACCCCAUAGCCAUGGUCGACACGGUUUGGGGCAAUGUGCGGCCCCACGCAUGACAUCAAAGGCGUGGGCAUAAUCGAACCACCACAGGUCCACAGCUCACGAGUCACAGCUACUUACUCUACAUCGGAGCGAGUCAGGUUACAGGUAGUGCACCAUGUCAGCCGAAGCAUCCGUUCUGAUCAUCGGAGCCGGCAUCGUCGGCUCCGCCUUAGCACACUUCCUGUCGUCGUCCAGCAAGAAGCGAUCCAUCACCGUAGUGGACCGCUCCAUCGACACGCUUGUCGGAUCAACCGGCCAUGCCCCGGGCUUCAUCGGCCAGUACAUCGACUCCGAAGUCCUCACACACUUGGCCAGGGACUCUGUUGCCGAGUAUCUCAAGGUCCCCGGUUGUUUCAGCACCGUCGGUGGGCUCGAAGUCGCGUUCGGCAGUGAAGGGAUACGCCGGCUCGAACCACGAUGCGAGCUUGCUAGGAAGCGUGGCCUCUCUGCGGAGAUUAUUACCGUCAAUGACGCGGCCGAGCUGGCACCGCAGCUUGUCAAACCCUCGGACUCGGACGCCGCCUUGCAUUUCCCCGCGGACGGGACGGCGGAUGCUCCUGCCAUUACCAACUAUUACCGAGACGAGGCGAGGAAGGCGGGCGUACGCUUUCUCCAGGCAGAGGCCAAGAGGCUCUGUAUCGACGAAGGAAAAGUGACCGGUGUCGAGGUCGAGGUCGGGGACGACUCCCGCCUCCAACAUCUUGUCGCGGAUCGCGUCAGCUUGGCGACGGGCAUAUGGGCGCAGGAACUUGGGGCGGCUUUGGGAUUCCCCCUACCCGUAGUGCCCGUUGGCCAUCCGUACAUGUACGGUCGAGUCCGGGGUCCGCUCCUCCGUCGGCUGCCGUUUGUUCGGUGGCCCGAGCACCAUGCCUACGUUCGGGACCACGGGACAUUCUACGGAAUCGGAACGUACGACCACCGGCCGCUGCAUUACAAGCCCAUCGACGGCAGUGCGAUUGGGAAUUGGGUGGGGGAUUUCCAGCCGGCUCUGGACGCCGCGACGACGUUGUUUCCAGAUCCGACCCGGGAGGAAUUCCCAGGCGCGGUUCGCGCGGACAAGAUCAACGGCAUCUUCUCCAUGACGCCUGACAAUGUGCCGCUGGCUGGAGAGGUCUCAUCGGUGAAGGGACUGUAUGUAGCUGUGGCCGUCUGGGUUACUCAUGCCUCCGGCACGGCGAAGUUUAUUUCCAAGUUGAUCGAGGGAGAAGAGAUUGAUACGCGACUGCGCGAGGCGUUAGAUCCUGAACGUUUCAAGGGGAACUCCCUCCCGGAUCUGGAGCGGCAGAGCUUGAGAGGGUACAAUGAUAUUUACAAGACAGAGGAGAACGGGCCUUGAUCUGGUUUUAUAAAACCGACGCUCUUGAGCCUUGCCUGCCGUCCAUCCACGUUUUCUUAUCUCGUCCUCGGUCCCUUACACUGCAAACUGGAGCCAAUUUCUUGUGUCAAAUGAGUUUGUUGCUGUCCUUCAUGGGUCCUUAUAUUAUUCUGCCCUUCUUUGCCAUUGGCCCAUCGACUACCAACUUAUAAGCCCUAUGUCCAAACCCAGCCGGCCCAGCUAUCGCUUUCCAGUAUUAUAAAC